CGUCGUUAUAUGAAUAAUGUUAUUCCACAUUCACAGUGGUAGUAUUGUUGGUACAUUACGAUGUAAUAUACCAAAACAAGGCGAGUAACCAUUCCGAAAGAAACCGAGGAAACCCGAUCGGGGCUGAAUGCGAUGUAAACAUUGCGUGUGUCGGUGGGCAAGCAUGACGUUGUGUGGACGUUUCUAGCUUUUCUUAAAACGGAGCUGAUCAGUGAGAGGAAUGGAACACUGUCAUCGAAUGUUCCCAAACACUAUUCGUAAGUUUAAGACAAAUGACAAGAAGGGAAAACAAUAAGACACCGUUUUUGAAGUCACUUAUCAGUUGUUAAUACUGCUGAGCCGAAGAUUUUCCAAAACCCAAAGGGCGUUGCAUACAGGCGUCAUCAGAUCGACAGUUCAAGUACCAGGAUAUAUGCGCAAUGAGCAGCUCCCUGCCACCAUCUUUCCUGUCCCGACAACGGGACAGGACUCCAGAUGAUUCCGAUAUGGACCUUGUAUCAUCCAGUGACAGUCAUCCAGUGAUACAGACUUUUCAACAAAACCUUGCAAAACAACACCAUAGCUCAACCAUGUUAUCAUCAUCAGAAAGGACACACAACUCUUGUACAGCCUCACCUGGCAAAACCACAGAUUCAGCAAAAGAUUUCAGGGGGAAGAGAAGAAGACGAAAGAGAUCAUAUUCAGGGUCUAAUAAUCAUGACAGGAGACCAAGGAAAAGAAGCAGAUCCAUAUCACGCUGUAGAUCUCGAUCAAGGCGGAGAUCAUGUUCAGGGUCUAAUAAUCAUGACAGGAGACCAAGGACAAGAAGCAGAUCCACAUCACGCUGUAGAUCUCGAUCAAGGCAGAGAUCAUGUUCAAGGUCUACCUCACGUGUCAGAAGACAAAGAAGAUCACAAGAUGGAUCCCCUCCAUAUUCAGAUUCUAACCAUCAUGAAAGUCGAUGCAAACCAGUUUCAAGGCAGAGAUCACAUUCAGGAUCUAGAUUGCAUGAUAGACGAAGAAGCAGAUCAAUAUCAUGUGACAGAUCCCCUCCAAGGCAGAGAUCACAUUCAGGAUCUGACAUGCACAUAAGACGAAGAAGCAGAUCAAUAUCAUGUGACAGAUCCCCUCCAAGGCGGAGAUCACAUUCAGGAUCUAGGUUGCAUGCAAGAACAAGAAGCAGAUCAAUAUCAUGUGAUAGAUCCCCUCCAAGGCAGAGAUCACAUUCAGGAUCUAGGUCACAUUCAAGGCGAUUUAGCAGAUCAAUAUCAUAUGAUAGAUCCCCUUCAUGGCAUAGAUCAUAUUCAGGAUGUGACCUGCAGGCAACACGAAGAAGCAGAUCAGUUUCAUGCGAUAGAUCACCUGAAAGGCAGAGAUCACGUUCAGGAUCUGACAUGCACAUAAGACAAAGAAGCAGAUCAAUAUCAUGUGAUAGAUCCCCUCCAAGGCAGAUAUCGUAUUCAGGAUCUGACGUGCACACAAGACGAAGAAGCAGAUCAAUAUCAUGUGAUAGAUCCCCUCCAAGGCAGAUAUCGAUAUUCAGGAUCUAG